GCUUCUGUUGCAACACACCUGGCCAUAGAUGCCAUGUUGUCACCUGGGCAGAAUAGCGGCAUUGUUCCCAGCAGUGAAGGCAAUGUGCUGAAGAGAUUACAUGUUGAUCCAGAUGCAGGAACAGAUAAAGUUACAGGUCAGUUUAUGCGGCAUGAACCUCCGAACACUGGUGAAUCACCAAAUCAGCCAAAAAAAGCAUGUGACCUAGAAGUCUCUGACAGAAGUCUUUCUUCCGAUGGGUCAGAGUCAGAGUCACAGUAUGAAGAUGGAUCGCUUACUGAUAGUGAUGAAGAUGACAUGAUUUCAGAAUUUAGUGCAACCCAGAAAAAGAAGAGCUUCCUCCAUCAGACACGAGAAAGGCUGAAAAGAAGGAAUUACAGACCAGAGCACAGAGAGUCAGUGAGCAAAAUUAUAUUUGAUCGUGACGAUGACAUCCUUAUUAUGGAACCGCCCAAGCCUGUGCCCAUGUCAGAAAACAAGAAAGACAACACAAAUUCUGAAAACAGCCAGAGCACAAAGGGGGUGCAGGGCAGACCCUUCAUGGUAUCACCAUAUGUUUCCCUGAAGACCCAAAGAGCCAAUAGGAGAGCUGCAGGUGGACACCAGCAAAGCCUGACCACUAGCAGUUCCUUCAUCCAAAGCCUCAUCAAGAACUCCAUCAUGAAGAAUGUUCCAGAGAUGAUGACUUCGGCCUCAACCAGGGUACCAGUGGACGGUCAAACGGAGGAGGAACCUGACCCUGAGGACAUGUGGGAUCUCCUGCCAGCCCUCCCCCAGCAGUCCUCCAGCUCCCUUGCUGCAAGGGCUGCCAAGACCGGCCUGCAAGAAUCUGGCAUAACGGAGACUGCAGCCACGGCUCCAGAGAGGCCAACAACUGUCACCAGCACCAACAUUAGUGGUGCAGUCGUCACAUCAAAGGCCUCCAAGGUAAUGAGGAGUUUUUGGAUAGAAAGUGAAGAAGAGGAAGAGGAUAAAGACACAGAAGACACAGAGUCACUCUUCAUGCCCACACUCCCCGUGGCCUCACAGCUGAUCCAAGAGAGCACCGUGCUUCCCAGCUACAGCUCCCUUGGCCCCGAGCACUGGAUGUCAGUAGCUAGAGCUAUGCAGAAGCGAAAAAAG